UUGGAACGAGCCGAUCUAUUUCCUUUGGGAUGUCUUGUUUCUAACAGUCGUAUCAGUACCCUCGACACCUAUUCAAGCAGACCGCUGUUCGGUCUAUGCAGUUCUUAGUGUUAAUAUCAUUUACAGCAUAUCAGAGGUAACGAUCUGUUUUUGUUAAUUUUCCAUGAAGGAAGUUUUUUUUUUACAGAAACUUAAAAUACUAUGUACAAAUAUUUGCUAUGCUUCUGUGAGUUUAACUUUCAAAAUUAAACUUACAUCAUUGUCCUGGUUAUCAAAAAAAAAAUGGACAGUAUUUUAGAUUCCCUAUCUUGUCUUUUUAAAUUAAUAUAAGACUUAUAUAAAAAAAUAAUUGAAGCUUCUUCCUUUAUUUAGCUAUAUUUAGAAGUAAGUAUAAUAAGAGGGAGAAACGGUUGGUAUGCAAGACAAAAGGAAAUAACUAAAGCAGCGUUUGGGAAAACUUGAAAAAAAAAAAAAGGAUCAACGAAGAAACCAACGUGUGGUAAAAAGAAUAUAAAAAUGACAGUCAUCACUUAGCUGCUUUGUAAGUUUUUAUUUUAAUAUGUAUUAUAAUUUUAUUAUAUUGAUGUUCAUUUGUGUGUUUAUAUAAAAAAAUAAUGUAAUACAUUACCUUUUUCUUAUUAUAAUAAGAGGCCAAGUUCAAUGUAUCGAUUAUUCCUGCAUUAUGUAUUUUUAGAGGGAUUUGCAAUAUAUCUGAGCAUAUACUUUUUUAUAAUCGGUGCUAAAGUCUAAUUUCAUAAAUCACGUUAACUCAUUUCACAGGUAUGGUAAGUAAAAUAUACUUAUAAAAUAUCAUUAAUGUAUAUUGUUGAAUGCCCAAUAGCUUAAAAUAUGUUUUUAAAUGUAUUACUAAUAGCUGAUGCACCAGUUGUAAAAUUUAUGGUAGUUUCAGUUCCAGAACUUAUCUAAUCCUGUGGCUAUACGAAUUUUAGUCUUAAUUUAUGGGUAAUUUAUAAUUUUAUUUGUGUAAGUUAUUUUUAAAUAUGUUUUAUAUGCAUUUCGUCUUAAUUAAAUAAUAUUAAUUACUUAUACUUUCACCAGAAUAUAUAUUUUUUAAUAACUAGCCUUUUACAGUUAUUAAGUGGAGAGUGUUAAAUUAACUGUUUGCAAUGUGCCUAUUCAAUCUUUAUUUGGAUAAAAUGUCUGACCUCUUGACAUAACUUAAUGUUAAACCUGAGAACAAUUGCAAACAUUUGAGAACCACUGUACAUAAUUAAGAAGCCUUGUUUAAAUUUGGAAACGAUUGCAAACAUGUGACAAUCAAUAUUUUAGAACUUUUGCACUUAAAGGACAAUCAUAGAACACAUUUGAGAACCAUUACACACAUUUGAGAACCAUUGCAUACAUUUGAAAAUCAUCGAACAAAUGUGAGAACUAAUGCGCACUUUUGAGAACCAUUGGACACAUUUAACAAUCAUGCACAUGUUUGAGAACAAUUGCAAACAUUUUUUCAGUUUCAAACGUUCUUUUUCACUAACAUGUCAGGUGACAUUUGCCUCUAAUAUUUCUUUAAAUUUAUUUUAUAUUCCAGAAAACCGUGUUUCCAAGGCUACAUCAAUUUCUUCUGAGACAAAAAGAUAUAAACUACAUUUAGAAUUUUGCCUGCUGGAUCUUGCCACAAUGAUUGUGCUUUCCAAAUCAAAAAGUAAAUUGACUAGCAAAGUAAAGUAUCGUUGUUUUAUAAUGUUGAUUUUCGCAUCUGUCGUUCUUGGCGUCUCUUACUCAAAUGAGUCAUUUGCUCCAAACUUCUCCAGCCGAAUCGUUCGCCGGUCCUUUCAUUACACCAAGGCCAUUAAAGAAAGAAGAGAAACCUUUAAGGCUCACCCAGCAAAAGAUGUGGAUAGAUUAGGAAAAGAAAUUGCUAUUGAAAGAUCAGCAUUGAUUAAAAAAAACGUGUCAAUCAACUUGUGUCAGAAAAUGCAGGGUAUAAAAUGCAAGGAAGAUAAGCCAAGACACGAAAUGCAGUUAACGAGACGAAAGGCAAGCGCUCUUCAAAUACCGAGGCAACGCAUUAUAAUGCAACUUCCGGAAAACUCUGAGGUCAAACUACAAAAAACAAUUAAAAAACGAGGUACAUUUUUACCAAAACCACCUGGACAUAGACGAUCCAAACUCAACCGAAACAAAAGGGCCGCAACGGCCGAAAAGUCCAGACUCUGGGAACAUGCAACCAUUCCUUACGUGUUCGAUUCCAUGUUCUCGGUAGAAGACAAAAUUAGAAUGAUGAUAGCCAUGAGAACAUGGGAAAUCGCAACUUGUGUUAGUUUCAAAGAAAAAGAAGCGGCUGACAAGGACUAUUUCAUGUUUACCGAUAAAGGCUGCGGUUGUUGCGCUGAUGUCGGAAGGAAAGAGCACGGCGUGUCUUCAAUUUCUCUUGCCAAAGAUUGCAGGAACAUAGGCAUCAUUAUGCAUGAGCUGGGACACAUAAUUGGAUUUUGGCAUGAGCACACGAGACCCGAUAGGGAUGAAUAUGUUGAUGUGAUUCUAGAACACGCCAUUGAGAACAAGGCACACAAUUUUAUAAAGAAUAAACCAGAGGAAGUCGAUUCACUUGGUGAACCGUAUGACGUCGACAGUAUCAUGCACUACGGUCGAAACAAAUUUGCCAAAAGCCAACGAAACGACACGAUAGUACCCAAAACUCUUCCCGGGUCAGUCGUGAGACCCACUAUAGGACAACGGUAUCGUCUAAGUCCAGGAGAUAUUCGACAGACAAACAAGCUCUACAAGUGUGCCUCGUGUGGGCAGACGUUCCAAGAAGACACUGCGACCUUCAGUCACAAGCCGACUGCUGGCAAAUCAGAAACGUGUCACUGGCGUAUACGAGUGGCCUACGGGGAGAGGAUCGUGCUCAACAUCACCUCACUCAGAAUUCCGAGAUCGGCAAACUGUGUCAACGGUCACCUGGAGGUGAGAGAUGGCCCUAACUCCCAGUCACCUCAAAUAGGCCGUUUUUGUGGUGGGAAUUUGCCCGGUGCCUUGAAAUCCUCGGGACGAAGAAUGUGGCUUGAAUACAAAACAUUGCAUGGGAAAGGCUCUGGAUUUACUGCACAUUACGUUACAGAGUGCGGAGGUGGAAUACGCAGUGAGAAAGGUAUCAUCGCAAGUCCAACUUAUUAUGACAGAUACCUUAAGAAUCUUGAUUGCUCGUGGAAUAUCACAGUAGAACCAGGGUAUACAAUAGCUCUAAAUUUUGAGUUUUUCGAGUUGGAGACAAGUCCCAUCUGCGAGUACGAUUACCUCGAAAUCAGAGAAGGAAAUAAAAAAACAGAUCCCUUGAUUGGCAAAUAUUGUGGGUUGAAUUACCCAAAAAAGUUAAAUUCAAAAGCCAAUCAAUUAUUUUUUAGAUUUGUAAGCGACUCGGAAACUCAAAGGAAAGGAUUUUACAUUUCAUUCGUCCAGGAAAUCGACUAGUGUAACAAUAAUAUACAUACGUGUGACCAAGUGUGCGUCAACACCAUAGGGGGUUACAAAUGUGAUUGCCACGUUAGAUUCGAACUGAAAUCUGACGGCAGACGCUGUGAGAAGGGGUUGCAGUGGUGUGAUUAACACACUCAAUAUAUCUCAUCGCCCUUUUUUUGGGAAAUUAUUACUGCUCGUAAUCUUAGUGCAACAUCAAUGCUGCAUCUAUUUUAACCAAUAACCUAG